AUGGGCACCCUCAAGGCUAUUGAGCUGUGCAACUUCAAGUCGUACCGUGAUACGCACCGUGUGGAUCUCGGUGACUCGUCGUUCUCGGCCAUCAUCGGCCCCAACGGUUCGGGUAAGUCCAACAUGAUGGACGCCAUCUCGUUUGUGCUCGGAGUGCGGUCUUCGCAGCUCCGAUCCACCCAGCUCAAGGACCUCAUCUACCGAGGCCGAAUCAUGCGUGGCGAGGAAGUCAGCUCGACCCAGUCUCAGGAAGCCACGUCGGCAUACGUUCUGGUGGAGUACGAAAAGUCAAAUGGAGACCUACUCAAGCUCAAGCGAACCAUCACACCCUCGGGCACGUCUGAGUACCGAAUCAACAACAAGGUCACGUCGUCAGGCGAAUACAAUGCCACCAUGAAGAAGGAAAACAUUCUGGUCAAGGCCCGAAAUUUCCUGGUCUUCCAGGGAGAUGUGGAGCAGAUUGCCAGUCAGUCGCCUCAAGACUUGUCCAAGCUGAUUGAAAUCACCUCUGGCUCCAUCGAUCUCAAGCCCGAAUACGACCGUCUCAAGGAGGAGCUAGAUGUCCAGACUGAGCGAAGCAACGCAGCCUGGCAGCGACGACGUACCUACAACGCUGAGAAGAAGCACUACGUUGAGCUCAAGGACCGUUACGACGCGUACACCGCCAAGGCCGCAGAGCGAGACGAGGCCGUUGUGAAGCAGCAGCUGUGGAGACUGUGGCAGGCCCAAAAAAUCGAAGAUGAGGCCCGAGACCAGAUUGAAGGUGGAGACGCUGCUAUCCAGAACGCCGAGGGGGCUGUUCAGGAGGCUGCUCAGGAGGUGGAAAACGUGGCUGCCAAAUAUGCCAGCGACAAGAAGCGGCUGCUCAAGCAGGAGCGUUCGGCAAAGAAGCGAGCAGACGUCAUUCUGGAGCACAAGCAGCAGCUCGUGCCUGUGGCUGAACGUAUUGCUGUGGUGUCCGGCAACAUUUCGCGUCACGAGGCUCGGUACGGCACUGUCGAGGCUGACUUACUUCGACACCAGGACGAAGUCAAGCAGACUCGAGGCUCUCUCAAGAUGGUUCAGGAUGCCUCCAGUGAGUUUGAACGAGAUCUGUCAUCGAAGCAGAAGGAGUCAGGCGGAGUUAUUCGAACUGAUGAGGACGCGGCCGAGUAUAGCACGCUGAAAAAUGAGGUGCACAAGCGGUCGCUGGCUGAGCAGGCUGAGAUUGAGACGGUGAAGCGAAAACUCAGACCUGUUCUGGACCAUAAGCGAGCUCUGGAGCAGGCACAGGAGGACUCGGAACUCAAGGUCAAGGAGUUUAAAAGCGAGUUUGGCGUCUACCAGACCCAACUGAAGGAAGCUGAGGAGGUACUCAAGACCCACCAGUCUGCUCUGAGAACUCAGAGUGAGUCUCUGGCUCGGGUUGUGGACGAACAGACUACCCGACGACGUGUCGAGCUGGAGCUUGGCGACAAGCUGGGUGUUGUGGCUAACCGUCUGAUUGAGCUAAAUGCGGUCAAGCGACAGACUGAGCGAGAACGACGACUUAAAGAGACUGUUGCCAACCUGAAGCAUGUUUUCUCGGCACAGAAGGUCCACGGUCUCGUCUACGACCUGUGCAAGCCCAAGGAGAAGCGACACGAUCUUGCUGUGGAGACCAUUCUCGGUAAGGACAUUGAUUCCAUUGUUGUGGACAGUUUCAAAACUGCACAGGACUGUAUUGCAUACCUCAAGGAGCAGCAGGGCGGUCUUGCCUCGUUCAUUCCCCUCGAUACUAUCAAGGCCAUGCCUGUCAACUCGUCGUUGCGGUCGCGUCUUCGUGGGGCUGUACUUGCCAUUGAUGCCAUUUCCUUUUCGUCUCAGUACGAACGGGCUUUCCAGUACGUUUGUGGCUCGGCCAUUGUGUGUGACGACCUUAAGGAGGCUAAACGCCUUGGAUGGAGCCUGAAUGUCAAGGCUGUGACCACCGAUGGCUCCGUGAUUCACAAGGCUGGUCUUAUGACUGGUGGUACUACCCAGAAGGGCCACCAUGGCGGCAAGCGAGCAUCCAAAUGGGACGAGUCUGAGGUUACAAAGCUCCAGGCAGAGAAGGAUGCUCUGGUUUUGGAGCUACAGACUGUUGGUCGGCAAAAGUUUGACCCCGAGCGUCAGGAUACACUGCAGCGUGAGGUUGACAAGGUGCGACAGGAAGUGUCUGCUGCCCAGAAGCAUGUUGCCAGCCUGAAGGACCGUCUCAAGGAUAUCAAUUCGCAGCUCAAGUACUACAGCGAGGAGGCUGCCAAGAGCAAGAAGCAGAUUGCCAGCACCGCCAGUGAUCUCGAAAAGCUCGAGACACAGAAGGCCACCAUUCAACAACGCCUUGACGAAGUCUGGUACACCGUGUUCUCGUCUUAUUGCACUCGUGUCGGCGUGACUGUUGAGGACGUGUUUGCAUAUGAACAGACCCAUGGCUCUCUCUCCGCUGGUGCCGAGCGAAAGCGGCUCGCAUUCUCUCAGCAGAUUGCUACUCUCGAGUCACAGCUCAAGUUUGGCUCCAAGCGUGUGGACGAGUGCAAGGGGCGACUGGCCAAGAUUCGACAGUCUAUCGAUGAUGACAAGGCAGCUGUGGAUGGCUGGGAGGCCGAUGAGGCCCAGCUGAGAGAGGACAUUGGUAUUCUGGAAGAAAAGGCUCGAGCUGAGGCAAAGCAGGUUCAGAAGCUCACAGCUGCCGUUCAGAACGCGUCAACUGAGUCCAACGCUGCCAAGGAGCAUCUUUCCCGAGCUCAGGGCGUGGUCGAUAACCUGCGACGAAAGCUUGCCCAGUCUGAGACCGAGCUUGAGACUGCUGCUACUCAGCGGUACGAGGUUCUGCGAGAGUGCAAGAUUGAGGGCAUUGAGCUUCCUCUGGUGUCAGGUGAUCUCGAGUCUGUGCCUCUGGUUGAGGGAGACGACUCGCAAAUGGAUAUCGAUAUUGAGGUUGACUUCUCGUCGCUUCCCCAGGGCAUUCGAAGACUUGCCGACGAUUCUACUCUUGUUUCCAAGAUCAAGGCUCUGCAGGCUGAACUGGAGCGAAUCAACCCCAACCUGAAGGCCGUGUCUCGACUCGAGCAAGUGGAGGCCGAGGGUGCUAGCAUCGAAGCUGAGUCCAAGAGAGAACGUGAGGCACUCCAGGAGCUGCAGGCCCAAUUCAGAGAGGUGCGAGACGCUCGAUGCGAUAAGUUCAAUGCUGCCUUCGAGCACAUUUCCGGAGUCAUUGACGCUACGUACAAGGAGCUCACUCGUUCUGAUGCGUUUCCUCUGGGAGGUUCGGCUACUCUGACUGUCGAAGAUGAGCAUGAGCCUUACCUUGAGGGAAUCAAGUACCACGCCAUGCCCCCCAUGAAACGAUUUCGAGAAAUGGAGCUUCUCUCUGGAGGAGAGAAGACUAUGGCUGCUUUGGCCCUACUUUUCUCCAUCCACUCUUUCCACCCGUCGCCCUUCUUUGUGCUUGAUGAGAUUGAUGCUGCUCUGGAUAAUGCCAACGUGCAACGAGUCGCCAACUACAUUCGGAAGCAUGCUGGCAGCAAGUGUCAGUUCAUUGUGAUUUCUCUCAAGCGGGGUCUGUACACUCAUGGAGAGUGUUUAGUUGGUAUCUACCGAGAUCAGGAGGUGAACUCGUCCAAGAUUCUUACUAUGGAUUUGAGAUCGUAUCCCGAUACUUAG